AUGAUGCCCACCAUAACAGUGAUGGGCAAUGCAAGCACGAAUAAGAGGAACAAUGCCAUGAGCCUGGUUAGUGGCGGCGGCGGCGGUGAUGGGAGUGGUGUUGCCUGUGAGGAAGAGUUUGGCGAGAAUUGGGAUCGUCAGCAACGGACCCUUCAGCGUGAGAGGAAUCCGAGACAGCAGGACAACAUCUUCGACACCCUCUCUUUCGUCAGGUGGAAGGUGAACAGACAGCUUCGGCAAGCCAUGCAGGAUGUGGAGAAGGGCAACAAGGUCAACCUUCCGAGGAAGCAGGACCGGUCGGCUGGGCCCCCACCGCCAGAUCCUGUGUGGAUCGUGGGCGACAGGGAGGAUUCAGGCUUGGAGAAGGCACGGGAAAGGAUCGCCACGCUUCGUGCCAAGAAGUACCGCGGGAAGCCUUUCAUGCCAAUGGGCCAGGGCCGAGGCUGGCGUGUGGACCAAGAUCUCUUCGACCACGUUGAUGAGCUGUUUCAGCAGUAUGGCGAACCCGCCGCCAUCAACGAGGAGGACAGCGAGAGCGGGCACAGUGACAGUUCUUCUGCGCUGCAGAGGCGGGUGGUCUCCGCUCCGGCAAGCAUGCGCCGCGUCCAAGCGCGGCGCAUCACGCGCUCGCGCGCCAAGUCGCGCGAGCUCUCAGUCUUGCCCCCGUGGAUGCGGCAGAUGCUUGUACAGGAUGACAUUUGGCAGCAGCUUCCGGAGAGCAGCCCGUGGGAUCGGACUUGCUGGCUCCAGCCUGUGCGUGUCAAGGGCCGCACAGCUACUGACCGUGCCAUCACGCCCGAGCAGGUGGCAAAGGCACUUUCGAGAAAGAGCUCCCGAAGCGACAAGCCACGCCGAGUAGCUGAGGAUCCGGUCCUCUUUGUUCGCAAGGCUUGUGCCUCCAUCGUCGAGGAGUACGCGGAAAAGGCCCCGGAGAAUGCCGCACCGACAGUGAAGCCAGAGGCACCCGGCAUGAGUUAA